AAAGCAGAGUAAGAGGAACAGAGCAAAUGCUAAAGCAGGAGAAGCUUAAGAGUACGGCGCUGCGCACCUUUUCCACCUCCUCCUAUCUCUUCUCAUGGCCCUCACCUCCUUCCUCUCCUCCGCCGACGCCGGCCACCACCGCCGGAAACAAAAAAAGAAACAGCAACGACCUCCGCCGCCGCCACCUCCGCCGUCAUCCCUCACCCUCUCAUGGGAUCACUUUCGAAACCUUCUAAACUGCAAGAGCACCUCCGGCCCCACCAAAGUCCACGACCCUUCCUCGGCCGCCGCCGCCGGGAAACAACAGAGGCUUGGGUUGCGGUUCGGGUCGUCGGGCUGCGCGCUGGGCGAUGUGGUUCACGGCAGCGUCCGCGUGGUCCACCGGUCUGACACCGAUCAGUACAACUCUUCCGGUGGCGACAGUAGGCAUCGCUCCAGCUCCUACGUUGCCGGCGAUACAGGCCCACAAAACCGACGACGGCGGCAGCAUGCCGCAGCGCCGGCGAGGGGUGGGGUUCAGCUGAUGCGGCUCUCGGGGUGCUACGAGUGCCGUGCCGUUGACGCUGAGCCGGCUUGCAGGAGGUGUCCACGGUCGAGGACGCUUUGCGCGUGCUCACAAUGCGGGGAGGUGUUCAACAAGAUAGAAAGCUUGGAGCUUCAUCAAAGCCUUCGCCAUGCAGUAUCGGAGCUGGGUCCCGAGGACUCCGGCCGCCACAUAGUGGAGAUAAUCUUCAAGUCCAGCUGGCAAAAGAACCACCGUACGAUCUGCAAGAUCGACCGAAUCCUCAAAGUCCACAACACCCCGCGCACCAUCGCCCGCUUCGAAGAUUAUCGCGCCGCUGUCAAGUCCCUCGCCACUGCGGCCGCUGCUAGCCGCCGGAAUCCCCGUUGCGCUGCCGACGGCAACGAGCUUCUCCGUUUUCACUCCGUCUCAAUCUCCUGCCACCUCGGCGCUGUUGGCUCCACCGCUCUCUGUUUCUCCACCGGCGGCGGAGGCGGCGGCACCUGCUGCGUUUGUGACGUCAUCCGGCAUGGAUUCCGGAGGCCGAGCCAUCCAUUCGGCGUCCGUACGACGGCGAGCAGCGGCCUGGCGGAUGACGACUUUGACUCCGGCUGCGGCGGCGGAAACGGUACUAGGGCCAUGCUAGUUUGUCGUGUUAUUGCUGGUCGUGUUUGGUUCACCGGCGAUGGUGAUGAAGGCGGCGGCGGCUGCGGCGGCUUAGGAGGCUACGACUCGGUGGCUGAGGAGGGCACGAAUCUUGAAGAGUUAUUUGUGGCCAAUCCGAGAGCUAUCCUUCCCUGUUUCGUAGUUAUUUACAGGGUCCAUGAUUGACUGCUUAUGUUCUUGAUAAAGUUUUUCGGAUCAGCGCAGUUACGCUCAUCAAAUAUGUUUUUAUUUAAAUAAUUGAGGUUAUCGAUAUGAAUUAGUAGUUUUU